CUCUUAGGGACUUCCCAGACAAUCCAUUUUAGCACAAUACUUGUGCAAUUAUUACCCAUUUGUUACAAGCAAUCCUGGUAACUUCCCUCAAGUUUGUACUUCUGAUGCCUUCUUCCCACACUGGAUGGAUAUUUUCUACCUUUGUAAGUCUUCCUUCAAUUAGCAUAUAUGUUGGUGUUCUGCCUGCUGUGUGGAAUUGUGUUGUCAUCCCUCAUGACAUCAAAUAAUUUUUUCAUACUUCGUUGCUUUCCUCCUCUACUAUCCUGCUAUAUAUAUAUAUAUAUAUAUAACACUCUUCAUAAAACAACAACAAUUCUUUGCUGAUUUUCUGCUGUUCGGUUGUAAAAAACCAGUUGUAACUUAAAAAAAAACAGACAUUGCAGCAAGGCCAUUUCCUUACCAAAGUAGACAUAAGGUACUGCACUACUAGAGCUAGAGUUUGACUAGUAUUAAGGACGAUAUUUUAUUUAAUUGCUUAAGAGAGUGGCUAGCUUUUGUGUGGACAUGCUCAGGUCCUUCAGUCCUAUGUACAUCUGGAAGUCAAUCUAAUUCUGUGUGAUUGACUUACAUGUAAAUGGGCCAAGGUUGGGGUCAUAAAUGCUGUUGACCUCAACUUUGUGAUUCAGAAACAGGUCAAAGCACAAGACAAUUGCCCGUUUCUUUUCUCUUGUAUUGGGUAAAAUCAAAGCACCAUAAACUUCCUACAUCCCAGACCCCUUAAAAAUUAUUGGUGGUUUUUACUCCACAGUGGAUGUUGAGAUGAUGAUUUAUUCAUCUACCACCCUUUGUGAAAGACCAAAGGGUUGUUUACAAAAUAAAACAUAAACAGUAUGUUUCAAUAUGUCACGUGAUAGUUAUUUAAAGUACGGUACUGUAAAAAAGACGCAAUGAAUUUGUUUUUGUAAAUUACCAUGAGAAACAAAUCACAAUUAACAAUGUAAUGCAUAAAAGCUGUGCUAUCACACCAGAAUCCCAUGUAUUUUGGUUUAGGCCAGUGCUGCUGGGAGGUACACACUUUCUGUCUGAAGGCAACAGUCCUUAUCAGUCCCUCACUUCUCCAUCAACAAUUUUCCAGACCUAUUCCCCACCCCCCACUCAGUUUUGGAAAAUAAAUCAAACAGACUGAGACUUAUUUUAAUGUGUUUAUUAUGAUAAGUAAUCCAUGUGCUUGUGAUAGGUUACUGACUUUGUGCGGCUCUUGCUUGCUCAUGUCACAACAUUGUUUAUAGUCCUGUUAUGACAUCUGGAAUUACAGGGCAGAACUAGCUGCAAAAGCUUCUACAGUAUAUGGAUGGCUCUGUCUCUCUUUGUAUCUUUUCUUUUAACUUGUGAUAUUCUUCUGUGUUUAACUCUUUAAGUGAGAAAGAGGGGAAAUAAGCAUAAGGGACAAAGGAAACUGUUUGAUACAGUCAGAUCAUUAGACCAUCUAACUCAAUACAGUAUUGUGUACACUGAUGGGCAGCAGCUCUCCAGCAUUUCAGAAAGAAACAUUAACAGCCCUACCUGAAAAUGCAAGGAUCAAACCUGGGACUUUCUGCAAGUAGAACCGGGGGGGGGGGAAGGGGGGGCACUUGCUUUAUAUAUGAAGGACCAUGCUGGUAACAGCAAAGUCGCUGACUUACAGAGGUUAGGGAACCGAGCUUUCAUUUCUGCUGUGAUUAAAAAAGAAAACCUUGUGUCCAGCUAUCUCUGUGGCAGCAAGGAUGUGCACGGCUUAUGGGGUACAAUAAGGAACAUUUGACAGCUGUCAAAUAAGAGAGGGUCAGCUGCUCACUUUCUCUGCCUUCCUUACAUCAUUUUUUGAUGCUGCCAAUUGUAUAGAUAUGACGAGAUCUCUGGAGUUGCCUCAAUUUCUGAUUUCCCAUUGGAAAAAAGUAAUCACAGAAAACUGGUGCUUCACAGCAGUUAUGAAUGCCAGCUGUUGACUCCUUUAGCUGUAAUUUCUUGCUCGACGUCAGGACUAUUAGACAAAAUGCUCAGAUUGUACCAACCAUCAGUUCAUGGGCUUAAGACCUCGGUCCCCUCUUUCGGGAAAGCGACAGGAGGGGAGGUGAAUAUCAAAGCUGAGAACGACCUGGCCAGAACUAGCGCAGCUCCGGCGCGUCUAAGGUUGGAAAGUGCUCGGCUGCCACCACACUUUCCACUUCAAUGCCAGCGCGGAGCAGCUUCGCAGGACAACGAGAUUCUAGCGGAAAGAUACCGGGAAGAGGCGGGCGACAGGCUAGCCCGAAUGCGGACCGGCGCUUUAGAUCUACUGCUUGGAAAGCGAGAGCCUCUGGCGCUUUUUCCAGCCGGUGGAGAGAGAGCCGCCAUGGGCUGCGAGUCUCUUCACGGAAAAAGAUGGCUGUAGAGCGGCGGCGUUCUACCCUUUGACAUCUCUAUGGCAGAACUCCUGGAGACAUUGGACCGGAAGUUCCGGCGAAGAGCCUCUUUGGCCCUUCUAGCCUCCUUUGCGAAGAGUUCUGGCAGCGAGCCUCGUCACCUUCUGUCUCUCUCUGAAUGGCAGCAAAGUAAGGGCACUCUAGCUUCUUCGGUCGCUGCUCUGGGAGGCCGGAAGCGGAAAUAGCGGAAACCACCGGCAGGGCCGGUUGGUACCCGGAAGCUACCGGGACUAUGGCGGCUGGUUGGAGUUUGAGCCGCUCGGAACGGAAAGCGGCGGCUCGUGCCGAGUUCCUCCGGCAGGAAGAGCAGCGGGAGCGACGGAGACAGGUACCUGCGGUUGGGGCGAGGAGCUUGUGGGUCUCUGUAGCGCUGGUGGGCGCAGGUGUUUCUGCCUUGCGCCUACGCCUCCUCCUUCCCCAUCAACCGCCCCCUUCCUCUGUCUCUUUCUUUCUCUCCCUCUCCGUCUCUUUCUCUCCCGCCGUUCGGCGCCAGGUGUCGCGGAUCCUGCACAAACCGGCUGCCGAGCGGAGCCCCGACGAGGCUGUGCUGCUCUCUGGCUGUCAGGAGAUCGUCCGGGAUCUGGAGCGACUUGGCAAAAAGCGCGAGAGGCUGCGGCGUCGGCUGGAGGAGGUUUGUGAUGAACCUGAAGAGUUGAAAAGAAAAGUCAGUAAGCUCUCUGCAGCUGUGCAGGGAGCAAAGCAUCUCAUCAUUUACACAGGAGCUGGCAUCAGUACGGCAGCCUCAAUUCCUGACUACAGAGGCCCUAAUGGGGUAUGGACAAUGCUGCAGAAAGGGAGGAGUAUCAGGGCUGUGGAUCUGAGUGAGGCAGAGCCCACACUCACCCACAUGAGCAUCACCUGUUUGCACAACCACAAACUGGUAAAGCAUGUGGUGUCACAAAACUGUGAUGGGCUCCACUUGCGCAGUGGGCUCCCUCGGGAAGCCCUGUCUGAGCUGCAUGGAAACAUGUAUAUAGAGGUUUGCACAUCCUGCACACCCAAUCGUGAAUACGUGCGAGUGUUUGACGUGACGGAGCGCACAGCCUUGCACAGGCACCAUACCGGCAGAGUGUGCCACAAAUGUGGGGCACAACUAAGAGAUACAAUUGUACACUUUGGGGAGAAGGGCAUCUUGCAGCAGCCCUUGAACUGGGAGGCAGCAAUAGAGGCUGCAAGCAAAGCAGAUGUGAUCCUGUGCUUGGGAUCUAGCUUGAAGGUUUUGAAGAAGUAUCCACAUUUGUGGUGCAUGAGCAAACCACCCAGACACCGCCCUAAACUCUACAUUGUAAAUCUCCAGUGGACACCAAAGGAUGAUCUGGCAGCCCUGAAACUUCAUGGGAAAUGUGAUGAUGUGAUGAAGCUAUUGAUGGAGGAGCUGGGGCUUCCCAUCCCUUGCUAUGACAGAACAAAGGAUCCCAUUUUUUCUCUGGCUGUUCCUCUGCAACCUGAAGAAGAAGGCAGUCAUAGCAGGAGAGCUGUGGCUCCACCAGCAGGUCUUCAUGAAGUGCAGCUGGGAGAGCAACAGCAGACACCCGUGGGUCCCCUUUCUGGCGGCUGGUUUGGCAGGGGCUGUGCAAAAGGCACCAAGAAGAGAAAAGUGUCUUGAUAAUGGAAUUAUAAGGGUGUGGUGUGGUUUUUUUUUAACCUUGAGGACCAACUGAAGUUGCUAAAAUCAGGACAAGACGUUUACAUCUGCACCGGAUUUGACCAGAAUUGCUGGGCUAACUG